GAGAGGCGGCCGCGGCGGCGAGAGGAUGGCCGGGCGCUGCGGGCUGUGCCUGCUGCUCCUGCUCUGCGCGCUGCUGGGAGCCGCUACUCCCGCAGAGAGUAGUGGAACCAGCAGUUCAAAAGGAAGAAGUUUUGCUGGCCGGAGGGAUUCAACUACAAAUAAUGCCUCUGAAGAAUUAUAUGCAGUGGAUGAAUUUGCAGCAAAAGCCCUCACAGGAAAGCUGACUACAGUUUUUCUACCUAUUAUCUAUAUCAUUGUCUUUAUCAUUGGUUUGCCAAGCAAUGCCAUGGCCCUCUGGGUAUUUUUUUUCCGAACAAAGAAGAAACAUCCAGCUGUGAUUUAUAUGGUUAACUUGGCAUUGGCAGACCUUCUUUUUGUUGUCUGGUUCCCACUGAAGAUUGCAUACCAUGUAAAUGGUAAUAAUUGGCUAUUUGGUGAAGGUCUUUGCAAAGUACUUGUUGGAUUUUUCUAUGGAAAUAUGUACUGUUCCAUUCUCUUUAUGACAUGUCUCAGUGUUCAACGGUAUUGGGUUGUAGUGAACCCUAUAGUGCAUUCAAGAAAGAAAUCUGAAAUUGCCUUGAGCAUCUCCGUUGCUAUCUGGAUACUGAUUUUGUUGGGCACCAUUCCAUUGUAUCUUGUUAAUCAGACUGUAUAUAUUUCAAAUCUUAACAUCACUACCUGUCAUGAUGUUUUGCCUGAAAAUGUUUUGGCUCACGAUAUGUUCAAUUAUUUCCUCUCACUUGCAAUUGGACUCUUCUUAAUCCCAGCUUUCCUCACUGCUGUCGCUUACAUACUAAUGAUUAAGACUCUGAAUGCUUCCAUCUCAGAUGUAACUACUGGGAAGAAACGAAAAAGAGCAAUCAAACUUAUUAUCACUGUCCUGUCCAUGUAUCUCAUCUGUUUUGCACCUAGCAAUGUACUGCUUAUUGUGCACUAUCUGCUUCUCAAAACCUACAGCCAGAGCUAUCUGUAUGUGUCGUAUAUAACUGCACUGUGUCUUUCUACUUUGAACAGUUGUAUUGAUCCGUUUAUCUAUUACUAUAUUUCAAAAGAUUUCAGAGACAACCUUAAAAAUGCUGUUCUUUGCCGAAGUGUGCGAACUACACGGAGGAUGCAAGUGUCUCUCUCAUCAGGCAGAUACCCCAAGAAAUCAAAUUCUUAUUCUUCAAACUCAAAUGGGACCACUAAAUCAACCUACUGAGUUUAAUCCUAGAAAAGUGAACUUUUAUUACUACUGGUGAAAGGAUGUAAGUGACAAGAAUGUUACUUUGCACAAGAGAUUCUGAAGAAACAUCUCUGCUUUUUAAUGACAUUGAAGCUUGGAUUUCAGAACUGGCAGCUGCUUACCCAGUGUAGAAAUAGUAAGCAGAUAAAUCUUCCCACUAGACUGGAAAAAUUAAAAAAAAAUGACAUUUCAGAAUGCUUUGCAAAAAUGCUGCUGAUCUGGAAGUGAGUUGUAGUUAAAGAUAUUUUUGUUUAACACUGAAGCUGUUAAAAAGCAGAAUGUCACUUGAAUGUUAUGUAACAUUGCUGGUAUAUUUAAUUGACAGAAAUCUCUAUUGUUUGGUUUUAACUGUAAUGUAUUAAACAGCUGAACAGAUUGUUUAUGUAGGACCUUGCUUUGUGUACUAGCUUACACUGAA